AUGCCCUCAACGGGCGGUGUUGUCGAUUCAACAAUUGUUUCGAUGAGACCAAUUGAUGUGAUUCCAACAUCGAGACAACCUUCAGCAGGUGCAACAACAACAACGACUAAUAUACCAGAUGAUCGAGAAAUUUUUAAAGCAUUACAUGAUUGUAUGAAAGAUGUAGGAAAAUUUAGACAAUAUAUUUAUUAUAUCGGUACAUCAUGUGAUACAACUAAAUUACGAAAUAAGAUUCAAAAGCUUAAAGAACGACUUAAUCGUAGUUUUUAUCAACAACGAGAAUUAAUACGAAAAGCAGCAUCAGCAACCGCUUCAGUUAAAAGUGAAUUAUCAAUGCGUAGUUUUGAAAAAUGUUUGUGUUUUACGUUGGCUUCGCUUAAUUACUAUGAAGAUUUACUUCAUAAGUUUUCAAUUCUACUUGUUUAUUUUCCCUUAGCUAGUGGAGAUCGUACAAAUGUUGUUAAUUUGGGUUUUGAAGAUUCAACGAUAAAUGCCGAUGAAGUUUCAUAUGAAAAUCUUGAAGCAGAAGAAAAUGAAACAAAUCGAUAUAUUGAAUUAUUAAAUCAAAUUCAAGGUGUUCAAUUACUUCGAGAAGAAAUCGAACAAAUUGAUGUUUAUCAAUUACGAACUCAUGCUACAUCUUAUUCAAAAGAAUUUGUUGAAAAUAUGCAUAAAUAUACAUCUGAAAUAACAUCGGAUAAUAUGCAAAGACAUGACAGAAAUCGUUAUACACUUCGCCAUUAUUUUAGUGAAGAAUCUUUAGGAUCCACUGGAAGAUGUUAUCAACGAUGCAAUCGGCGAAAAUUUCUUUGUACACUAACUAUUGUUCUAUUAGUUUUGGUUAUUGUGGCCGUUAUUGUCACUGUUAUUGUCACUACUAAUAAAGCAUCUACUGGUGGUCAAUAA